AUGGCCAUGGCGGCGAGCCUACAAUCUUCUAUUCAAACCGCGAGCUUUAGAGUUCCAGUCACUCUCCACUCGCCUCCGCAGAAACUAUCACUGACCAACUCCUUUCUUCCGCCUCUCUCUCCCCGCUUCUCCCGCCACGCCGUCCGAUGCUUCGACGCGCGGGAUUCGCGGCGAGAUAUACGGCACGAUUUACAGAAAGAGCGCGCUGGCGGCGCGGAAACCGCAGCGCGGAUGCAGUUUGGCGAGUUCGGGGAGUUCGAGCACGUCGAGUCGGCUUUUGACUACGCGGACGAGGAGUUUUCUCGCGCCACGGUGCUUGAAGCGACGAGUGUCAGCAGCAGCGGCGACGCGCUUCUAGUCGGCAUGACCGACGGCAUAUCGUUCAAGUGCUCGCACAACCUCAUGGACGGGGUGCGCCUCCCCGAGUACCCCGCGCAGCCGGCGGCCGUACUUAAACUGGAGGACGGCAGCCGUAUAUUGCUCCCUAUUCUCAUUCCGCACCUCUCGAGCCAAAUGCUCAUUGACUCGGUGCGCGGCGUGCCUCUGGCUCGGCCAACGGUGUACAUGCUUAUGCGAGAUAUGAUUGAGUUGAUGGGAUAUGAGAUCAGUCUGAUUCGCAUCACCCAUCGAGAUGGGGAUGCAUACUGCGCCCGGGCCUACCUAUCCAAGGUGUCUGCUGACAGUGACACAGCCAGCAACAGCAGUAGCGGGCCUGCUAUGAUGAGUUUGGACAUGCGGCCGUCUGAUGCCAUUAAUCUUGCAUCACGCGCCAAGGUGCCCAUUCAGGUGCGGAAAUCCCUGGCAGUGGCGGACGGAGUGCGGAUAGUGGGGAUGGUGCGGGCGGCAGUGGCACACGGGCAUGGUGGCCGGUUGCUGAGACGGCAGAGGGUGGUGCUGACGUCAGACGACAAGCCUGAUCUCGAGGACCUAUCACUGGCAGACGAGUUUGCGCUGGUGAGGCUGAUGGAGGAAGCAGCUCAGCACGAGCGGUACGGCGAUGCAGCGAAGAUCAAGGACCAACUGACGAAGCUGCGACGGAGAACUAACAAGGUGUAG